ACAUCGUUGCUCUGACAACGAUAUCACUUUUCCUUAGUAGUGUUUUUUCGUGUGCAGCGUGGAGUUCUUCCCCUACCUUUCCGUCUACCCAACGCAAGAUCAUCAAUAACAGAAAUAACUUCAGCACUCUUCAUUCAACAACCGAAGAAAAACCAAAUUCCGUUACUGAUAGCAUGAACGACGACUCUUCAGCUCAUCCGCAAUACUCCCAACAGGAGCUUAAGGAUGCUCUUUACAGUCUGUUGGAAGGUUCCUCGGAUCCGGCCCACGACGGACGCCACCUCUUUGGCUUUGAGGAUUACGACAACCACGAACUCUCCAAAUUACAAUCGAUCACAGCCACUCGUGUUUUGGAUUAUGAGCGAUACCUAGGCAGCGAUGACAAAGUUCCGGAAGCGAUCCUCGAGGAGGAAAUGACAUCCUUCUGGAAGGAACACGGCCCGCUGUUGGAUUUGAGAAGCGUCAUCCAGGAACAGGCUCCGCGAAUGGCGCUUGCAGCCGAGUUCAAACGCGCCUCUCCUUCUAAGGGAAACAUUGCAGUUCAUUUGGAUGCCGGAGAUCAAGCCAAAUCAUAUGCUUCGGCGGGAGCGAAUGUUGUGAGUGUCUUGACUGAACCACGCUGGUUCCAAGGCUCCUUAGAGGAUCUCACGUCGGCUCGCCUGUCUACCAUCGACAAAGACACGGGCAAUCGAGCGGCAAUAUUGAGAAAGGAAUUUACGACCAAUAAGUAUCAAAUUACUGAGGCCUUAGCGAAGGGCGCCGAUACCAUCUUGUUGAUUGUGGCAGUUUUGCCGCAGCAUUUGCUUAAGGAAUUGAUCGAUCAUGCUCGAUCAUUUGGGAUGGAACCUCUUGUCGAAGUCCACGCGGAUGUGGAGCUUGAAGUGGCGCUCCAAGCUGGAGCAAAGGUUAUUGGAGUCAACAAUCGUAAUCUUCACACUUUCCAGAUGGAUUUGGAAACGACUGAACACGUUGCGGACGAAUUGACGAAGCAAGGUUGUUCCUUUGAUCAUAGCUCGAAGGAGGCAGCUUCCGCUUCGAAAUACACCCUUUGUUCUCUGUCGGGCAUGUCGUCGGCAUUCGACGUUGAUCGAUACCGUUCGAUCAAUGUAGGUAUGUGUUUGAUCGGAGAAUCAUUGAUGCGAGCAGCCGAUCCGAAAGCCGCCAUUGCGGGUCUUUGCCUCGACCCAGAAGACUGGGCUAAGAACGAGGAAAACCCAGCAACUGCCAGUGGUGGAGCCUACACGAGAGGGACUAAACUUGUGAAGGUGUGUGGCAUUACCAACCCUGAAGACGCACUCGUUGCUUGCCAGAUCGGAGCAAACUUGAUUGGUGUCAUUUUUGUUCCGAAAAGCAAACGAUGCGUUUCGCCAGAACAGGGCCGUGCCGUUGUGGAUGCCGUUCGUGUCUUUGGAGAGCGUACAGCACGUACGGCUUUACAAACAGCCGAAGUAGGCUCGCCGACUUCUCAGAUGGUGAGCAAUGCCAGAGUGCUCGAAGAAGCCUCAAAACGGCCUUUGGUGGUGGGUGUCUUUCAGAAUCAGUCUCCAGAAUACAUUCGGGAAAUGGUCGAAACAUGCGGUUUAGAUCUGGUGCAGUUGCACGGCAAUGAGGGCAUGGCGGCCGCGAGUGUAGAAAAUUGCAGUGUGCCGGCAAUCCGUGUCGUUGACAUCGAGGUUGAUCCCGAAACAGGGAAGGCAUCUGAUAAUGCUGUCGAAACGAUUCUGGGCUCUAUUACAACUGAUCCCCUUGCAAUUUUGCUGGAUACUUCCAUCAAAGGGCAGCAAGCAGGAGGCGGUACCGGUGUUACUUUCGAUCAUACCAUUGCAGAACGCAUUCAGAAUGCUGGUGUUCCCGUCAUCAUCGCCGGUGGUUUGUCACCCGAGAAUGUUCAAGAAUCCGUCAUUGCCACUCGACCUUGGGGAGUGGAUGUCAGCAGUGGCGUAGAAGCUAGCCCUGGAACCAAGGAUCAUGACAAGGUAGAAAAAUUCGUGGAAGGAGCACGAAGUGCGGCCAUUGAAGCCAGCAAGGGCUUUUAAUGCUAUUCAACAAAGAAAAGGAUCUCAAUUAUGAUGAAAACUUAAUAAUGGAUAGUGCUUUGA